AUGCUCUCCCCAGGCAUGUGCAGCAGCUUGAGCAUUCAAUGCAAUGAAAGAGACCGUCAUCUUCUCCUAAAAUUCAAACACGCUGCUUCUGAUCCAUACGCCAUCCUCUCUACUUGGGCUGAUGAACAAGAUUGCUGUCAGUGGGAAGGAAUUCAGUGUGACAACACCACUGGUAGAGUGAUCAUGCUUAACCUCCCAUGUUCUCCACAACCCAGUGCUACUGAUUGUGAUGAAGAGGACGAAAGGCAGUGUCUUACAGGUGAUCUCCACCUAUCUUUGCUUCAGCUUGAGUUUCUAAAUUACUUGGAUUUGAGAAAUCAUGACUUCCAUGCUGUUAUCCAAAAUGAUCGUGUGGAUAUCUCAAACUCUACCAAUCCAUCUGUGUUUGAGUGCCAAAAUUCCUCUAAUCUUGGUUAUCUUGAUUUAUCCGAUAAUGAGCAUCUUCACUUUGAUAGUCUUGAUUGGCUUUCCCGUGUUCCAUCCUUGAAAUAUGUUGACCUCAGUGGCAUUAGUCUUCGAGGGAGAGUUGACUGGCCUCAAUUAGCAACUCUUGUUCCUUUCCUUUCGGAGUUGUACUUUGAUAGUUGUCAGCUUUCAAACAUUAGUCCUUCUCUCGGUUAUGUCAAUUUUACUUCGCUUGAAGUUCUUGGCCUCGCUCAUAAUGAUUUUAGCUCUGAAUUUCCAGAUUGGUUAGGCCAGCUUGAACAUCUACAGGUUCUUGAUGUUGGUGAAAAUUCCUUCUCUGGUCCAAUUCCAGAUUGGCUAGGCCAACUUGAACAUCUACAGGUUCUUAAUGUUGGUGAAAAUUCCUUUUCUGGUCCAAUUCCAGAUUGCUUAGGCCAACUUGAACACCUACAGUUUCUUGAUGUUAGUGCAAAUUCCUUAUCUGGUCCAAUUCCUUCAACUUUGGGAGAUAUCUCAUCCUUGAUUCGCUUGGAUGUUAGUUCAAAUUACUUAAAUGAACGUCUACCGGAAACUAUUGGACAACUCUUCAACUUGGAGGAAUUACAUUUUGAUGAUAACCACUUGACAGGACAACAAAAUAUCAGGUUCAUUACCCAUUUGUCUGAAAAAUCUGACAGCUAUGACUUCCCCUAA